ACAAUAGUUCUCUUUCACUAAUAUUGAGGUUGUUUGACUGCAGAAAUCAGCUGAGACUUGGUGGUCGUAUCAUUAUUAUCAUAUCGUGAGGGCGUGAGUAGCAGCAGGUGGGAGUGGGACAAGUCAGUGUGAAGACUAGAAUAGAAGUAACCACCAGUGUUGUACAGGAGCUUGCAAGAUGGGUGAGGAGCGGGUAGCUAAAUGGUACUUUGGAGGCAUGGCGUCUUGUGGAGCUGCCUGCUGUACACAUCCCCUUGAUCUUCUAAAGGUUCACCUUCAGACACAACAAGUGACUAAGAUGGGAGGUGGUCAGAUGGCUGUUCAUAUUGUUAAGGGUCAAGGAUUCUUUGCCCUCUACAAUGGUUUGUCUGCAUCCCUUCUGAGACAGAUCACAUACUCAACAACACGUUUUGCCAUUUAUGAGGUGAUGAAGCAGAGGAUGUCCGAAUCUUCAGGAGCACCGCUGCCUUUUUACAAGAGGGCAUUAAUAGCAGGGUUUGCUGGAGCAUGCGGAGGCUUCGUGGGAACGCCCGGAGACAUGGUCAAUGUCCGCAUGCAAAAUGAUAUAAAGCUUCCAAUAGAGGAAAAACGAAACUAUAAGCAUGCUAUGGAUGGCCUUGUACGUGUUGUGGAGGAAGAAGGAGUUCCUCGAUUGUUCCGUGGUGCUUCGACAGCAACCUUUAGGGCAGUGUUAAUGACUAUUGGGCAGCUGUCCUUCUAUGACCAGAUCAAAGAAUAUUUAUUAUCAACACCAUAUUUCUCUGACAAUCUCUCUUGUCACUUUACCUGUUCAUUGGCUGCGGGUGCAAUUGCUACAACCAUGACCCAGCCUGUAGAUGUAAUCAAGACACGGGCCAUGAAUGCCAAACCAGGAGAAUUCAGGGGAUUGUGGGAUAUAAUCACUUUUACUGCAAGAUUGGGUCCUCUUGGAUUUUUUAAGGGAUAUAUACCAGCAUUUGUUCGUUUGGGGCCACACACAAUUAUUACAUUUAUUCUAUUUGAACAACUUCGGAAGAAUUUUGGAAUUCUUAAAACACCAGUUAUAUAAAGGUAGCUAUAAGUAGGUAUCUGCCAAAAUAGCAUUUUUACUAACAAUUUCCAUUUUAUCUUAAUAUUAAAUUAAUAUAUGAUUAUGACAAAUUUGUGCAAUUUUUAGUUUAUAUCUGAGAGAAUAUUAGUACAUACUGCAUAGUAUAUUCCUUGGCAAGCUAUACCUCACUGACAAGUGCUUCCACAUGUUGUAACGUUGAAUUAUGUUUUGUUGGUUUUCUGUGUAUAUCUUUGUAGACUGACAUUCAGUAAUCAACCUAAUUACUAAUUUGUAAUUAUUUGUAUCACUAACCAGACAUUAUGAGGCCUUUAUCUGUACGAUAUAACAUAAUAAUUGAACUGGAUAUGUUUAGUAUACAUACUGGAGUACAAAACACCAUAGAGGGUGUUUGAAAAUGAAAGAAUUAUAUCAUCCAGAAAUGUGCUCAAGGUUCACUGAUGAAGAAGAGAAUUUUUUGAUGCAUCACCAACAUUAUCAAAAUACUGUACUGUUUGUGUCUCAUGAAGACACAAAAUUUAUUAACAUCCUCACUGUUGGUGUAACAUUAUUAAGUGUCUGGAAAGCCUGGGGUCAAAGGAAUUUUUUUUUAUUUAACAACAAUUUAUGAUGUUUCCCAAAUGUUCACCUCCACUCUCACAAUAUUGAUGGGUGAUAAACCAUCAUUUCAUCCAAUGAACACUAUGAUAAGGUGGAUCCAAUGAACACUAUGAUAAGGUGGCAAACAUGGUCCAUUUUUUUUUUUUACAACAACAGAUUCUUAACUUCUGGACACCUUGCAUAUUGUUUUUCAAAAACCUUAUUUAAAUAGGCUCAUAUAGAGGAAUUAAAAUGUCAUUAGGAAAAUCACAAGGGCUUUAUUCACAAAUAGUAAUACUUCUAUUAAUGAAUUUAUUCGGCACUCUGGGAACGAAGCUCCUUUAUAAAGUAGUACCCCAAAAAAAUAAUCUAACAAUUACAAAUUUAAGAAGUAUUUAAAAAAUCAUGUAAACAACUCAACAGAUUUAAAUUUUAUGUGCAUUAUAACAUACACCCGUUACAAGGGGGGUUAUUCUCUCUCCUUCUCUCACUCAAGCUGCCCCCCUGGUCUUACUCAUACUUCUCUUGUCUUAGUUCCUUCAAUUGUUCUUUCUACUUACUCCAGUUCAAUGGUUACUACAUAACCUCAGUUCUUUGGUAGCAUGGCGAGGGCCGGCACGUGGGUAUUGUAAUUCUGAUAUCAGGGUCACUUGGGCGGAAAUACAGUAAAGGUGAACUACUGUACUGCGGGAAAAUGAAUACCCCUAAUAUACCCUUAAGAAAAGGUUUAUUAAUAUGAAAUCAAAGUAGGGAAAAAGAUAUCAUUAACAUGCAACUCCUCGGCUUUACUCAACUGCAAUUACUCAGAUACUGUACUCUUAUUACUCACAACCUUGCUGGUGUUACAUUACAUUACAGUUACCAGGACCAAGUCCUUGGCCUUACUCACAUAACAUAUACACAUGGCAACUCCUUGGCUUUACUCACAUGCCAUUCCAAGUGGGUACUCUGACUUCUCCCACGUUACUGGUGAUACGUUACAUUAAGUUACCAGGAUCAACUCCAUGGCUUUACUCAGAUAGUCCCAAGUGGACAACUUUACUUCUCACACAUUACUUGGUACAUUUCAUUACAUCCAGUUAUAAGACAAACUUACGUAUGAUACCUUCACAUUGUUGUUAGUACAUAUGAGAUGCACUCACAACACACAAAACGUUAAUACUGAAACCAACAACUGAUACAUCGGUUCACUACCCAACAUGGGAUAAUUAUAUUCCAGAAUUAUCCCCAAGCAAAUACAACACACUCUAUGGAACAUAUAACUUCUAGGCAUGUCCCAGGGUAUAACACUGGACAACUGACGACUGCUGUUGUGAUCGGUGGAAGCCAGACACAUGGCGAGUCUGGGGUCUAAGGCCCACGAGGCAGACCUGCAGUUAAUCAUGUCGAAUCAACGACAUCGUCCAUAUAUCGCUCACUGCUGGGUAGCCACCGGCUCCAGGUGGCUGAUGGGUGUUCUAAUAAGCCCCAACUGGAUCUGAGAACAGAGUUGGAGGAUCGUCACAUGAGAAAGCAUGGUGGUUCAAACCCAAACAACAUCUCUCAUCUAGCAACGUCAGAUGAUAUUUACUUUAUAUUACUUCUUACACUGGGUGAAUGACAAUUCCACUGUUACAACAUGAACACUGAGACUCACAAAAUUGGCUAAAUCAAACUGAAUGGCUAUAUCGGCGGGGAACACACGUCUAACAUACUUGAGAACAGAGUUGGAGGAUCGUCACAGGAGGCCGAUCUCCCUCACGUACAGGGUUUAUAUACCCCUGAGUGGCCAGACGUGGCUAUCUCACGCAAUGACAGAAAUUACAUACAAACCAACUGUUGCACAUUCAAAGAUGACCCUCAGUUGACAAAGGUCUGGCGAAUUACUAAAUUUUAUUUACAUAAACUAAUCCAAGAUUGAGCUUGCCAGGAGAAAGUGGAAUAAAAAGUAUUGGCAACUGUCUUCACAAAGGCGGGACUUACGGAGGGAUCCUUAGUGUAAACAUGGGGAGGGAAAAGCGCGUUUCUUCUUAGGGAUAGCUAACCAGCUACCCAUUCAUGUUUUGCAGGCGUGUAGUAUAAUAAGAAUCAACAGAGUUAAAACAGACUAGCCAUCAACGUGACCAUGACACUGUGGAAUUUGUUUAUUUCAUCAGCCAAUCGGUGAAGAUCUUUGCAAGUUAUAUACUUGGUCACCACUUUAAGUUUCUGUGCUCUUACAGGUUGACCCCCAAUUUUCUGGCAUCCUUGGGACCAGAGCCAUGCCAGACCAGUGGUUUUUCUGGACCACCAGAGGUCUGUACACCAUACCCUCAGUAAUUUGACAAAAAAGGGGGCUAUGGGUCUCUUGAUUUACCGAGUGUUCCGAACUAUCCGAGUUUGUAAUAUAUAUAUAUAUAUUUUUUUUUUUUUUUACAAUUUCCAAAUUUUUGUGCUUGAUUAUUCUUUAGUUUUCUGUUCAGUUUUUGGGCCUGGCCUUGGCUGUCACAUAAAAUAAUCUAUUUAUUAUUACUGUGCAAACAUAAAUAUUUUUAAAAUGUACAUCCAGUAAUAAUAAAGUAAAUAAUACAGUAAUAAAUAAAUGCAACACUGCGAGGUGAGGUGACAAGGUACUUACACAGCACACAAAUUAACAGCACGACUAAACCAUUGUCUUAUAACAUUUUAUUUUCUGAUUUAUAUUUUAAAAUUAACUGAUACAUGAAGGCUCGCUUUGGCUACUGGUGCACAAUGACAACUGAUCAGUGAAUAAACCAGGACAUAUGGAGGUGCACUAUACACUCCAACAAUAUUUAUUAAGUUCUGACAAAUAAGCUACAAUAUUAUAGUACACUGAGUGCUCAAGACAGAUCCUGUGGUAAGCACCAACACCCUUGAGCAGUGACAAUGAUAGUGGUUGAGAGAUGGUGAGGUUUAACAAUAGUGUUAGGGAGAACAUGAAAGGUCAGCUGUAACUACACUGUAAACAAGAGGAAUAUACUACAGAGCAAUAGCUCAUCUGGUAUUGACGGGAGGGUGAAUUUUUUUUUAUGAAGUUUUAUUAACCCAGCAUCAAAUGAGCCUAAAUAAUAUGGGAAUUAUGGGUGAAUUGCAUGCUGUCGUUAUAGAGGGAUCGCGCGCUGCCAAGUGGGAGGUGGCGAGUUGCCCUCCCUCCUUCCUUUCCUCCGCCACCCACCACCUCCUCCCCUCUCCCGGAACUCCUCAGUUAUUAUAGAUUCAUUCCAAAUUCAAAUAAUUGAAUUAAUUUUUGAAAAAAAAAAAACAUACAAAUUUACCUGAAACCCAAAUUAACGAGGGUAUAGUUAUAGGUAAAAUCCGAGACAUAAUUUGUAACAACGCACUAAAUCUACACCACGUGUCUUGGCCGUGACCACCACCACAACAGCUGACGCUAUAAACAGUGUUACCAACUCUAAAACUGAAUUCGCACCGGUUACCAACUCCUAUGAGGAUUAAAAUACAGUAAGUCCUCGUUUAACGUUACCUGUUUCAUUAUAACAUCGCUACGCUUUAGAUACUUAUGAUUUGGACAACAUCAGCCGAUUUGGUACAACGUCGUCACAGACUACUGUGUACGGCGCAUCACCCAGUCAGAGCGGGAGGAGGAGCCACCCUCCGGGUCUCAGUGACUCACCACCCUCCUCCUCUCCACUCGCUCCACCUCUGCUGAUCAUUGAGUACUAUUCAAAAUGAUUUAGUUUACUGUAUUUACAUUUUUUGGAUGUAUAAUAUAUACAGUACUAUUUUCUAUAAAAUUUACAUUGAAUUUCUAUAUAUGUAAUGUAUUUUAUGGGUUUUAUGGAGCAAAGGGAAGCUGGGGAAAGUAACUCCCGUAUUUUAUCUACAGUAUUUCUUAUGGGGAAAAUUGAUUCCGUUAACGUUGUUUCUGUUAACACCGCGGUUUUCAGAAAUGAAACUACGACGUUAAGUGGGGACUUAGUGUCAUAUAAUAUAUACGAGUAAAUGUGAUGAUUAAAUCUAAAUAAUAUUAAUAAAUAAAAUAAUCCAAAAAACACACUUCCCAUUUCGCUGCUGGAUGACAAACUUUAUCAAUCGUGUAACUACACACAAGAGGCAGCCGAGAUCCCUCCCUCCACCCUCCCCCAAACAUGAAUUCUUAACGUUCGAAGAAAGUUGAUUUACUUAUGUUUUUUACUUUGAUAUAUAUUUGUUUACACAUUCUAUAUGUAAGAUUGCAUGUGCAUGUAACUGAGUAAAAAAAAAAAAAGAAGGUAUGUCUAUCUGAAAUUAGGAGUUAAAAAAAAUCCACAACACCUCACAGCCUGGUAAGAUUAGCCUACCAUGAGCAUAUUCCUGGCGCGCUAUUGUUCACUAUAAAUGCACGGUAAAUUUGAAAUUCCACCAGCAUAAAACUGUCUGGACCAUCAGAGGUUCCGGACCAGUGAUCGCCGGAAAUUUGGUAGUCAACCUGUAUUUUACAUACAGUGAUUAUUAGAGGCAAUUCAGGAUAAAAAGAUGUUUUGGAGGGAAUAUUCUGGGAUGUUCUAGAAUGCCCCAGACCAUAAUUAUGUAAAUGUUGGUCCAGUCCGGCCUUACAGGAGAUGUCCAAAGAAGUUAGCUCUGAUAAUUGUUUUGUUUUGUGGGUUCUUUAAAUUGAGGUUGUGACCUUUAGUGUAUAAAUUGAGGUUGUGACCUUUAGUGUAUAAAUUGAGGUUGUGACCUUUAGUGUAAGAAGACCAUCUAAGGUGUUUUAAAUGUUCAAUUUCUUAGAGAAGAAUUAAAAAAAUUAAUGUUUCAUUAAAUAUAUUUUUAAAGAUUUAAUAUCAGAGAUAGUCUAUCAGCUGAUGAAAACCUAAGUGCUAACGCUCCAGGCUUUAUCGCUUCAUCAAUCACCUUGUUUUUGAACAACUCCAGUUCAGGAAGCAUUUGUUGAGACUCGAGUUGAGCUAUAAUUUGUAUAAAAAAGUUUUGAAAUUAUGUAAUCUGGCAAUUUAAACCAUAAUUUUGUUUGUAUUUUACUAUGUUAUCCUAUUGUAUCCUCCUCCCCUUCUCUUUUUUUUUCUAGAAAGAA